UCCCUCCUCCCUCCCUCCCUCCCUUCUUCAGCUCAGAUGCUCAGCCUCUUCAGCUCUGGGGCCUCUGACGCCCAGGGUGUCCCACAACCACACUCUUUCGUGGUUCCUUUGCCUUAAAUGCCUGUCCUGCUCUGGUCUCUGCCCUCACCUGGGGAGGUUUCCCUCCUUCCCCUUCCGCAGGUCUCCUCUCCAGACCCCCAAACCUAUCCUGACCCAGGCUCUGACCUCCCCUGUCCAGGUACCUGCUGGAGCAGCGAGACGUGGAGGUACUACGCCUGCCUCUGUGGACAUGAAGAGCUGGUGCUCUACCUGCUAGCCAACGGAGCCCGCUGCGAGGCCAACACCUUCGACGGGGAGCGCUGUCUGUACGGGGCACAGAGCGAUGCCAUCCGCCGGGCCCUGCGUGACUACAAGCAGGUGACGGCCUCCUACCGGCGGCGGGACUACUACUGCAGCUUCCUGCUGCGCCUCCUGGAGCAGGGCAGCCACAGCGACGUGGUCUUCUUGGUGCACGGGAAGUCCUUCCGGGCACAUCGCUGCAUCCUGGGCGCUCGCAGCACCUACUUCGCACGCAUGCUCGACAGCAGGUGGAAGGGCAGGAGUGUCGUGGUCCUCAGGCACCCGCUGAUCAGCCCUGUGGCCUUUGGGGCCCUUCUGCAGUACCUGUACACAGCACUGCACCCAUACCCAGGCUGCGUGGACGUCGGUGUGGAGCACGUCGGCGACUGUGCGCGUCUGGCCAAGCAGUGCCAGCUGUGGGACCUGCUCGGCGACCUGGAGGCCAAGUUGGCUUCCCAGCCAGGCAAGUGCGUGAAGGUGCUGACCAUCGAGCCCCCCCAGGCAGACCCCCGGUUGCGGGAGGACCUGGCCCUGCUGGCCAAUUGUGCCCUGCCCCCCGAGCUCCGGGGUGAUCUCGGGGAGCUGCCCUUCCCUCGCGACGGCUUCAGCAGCUGCCCUGACGUCUGCUUUCGAGUGGACGGUUACAGCUUCCUCUGUCACAAGGCCUUCUUCUGUGGCCGCAGCGAUUACUUCCGGGCCCUGCUGGAUGACCACUUCCGCGAGAACGCGGAGCUGGAGGCGUCAGGCGGCCUCCUGGCCAUCACCCUGCACGACGUCUCACCCGACAUCUUCACCCACGUGCUGUACUACAUCUAUGGUGACCACACCGAGCUGCCUCCUGAGUUGGCCUGCGACGUGCUGAGUGUGGCCGACCUGUACCUGUUGCCAGGCCUGAAGCAGCUGUGUGGCCGUGGCCUGGCCCAGCUGCUGGACGAGGACAGCGUGGUGGGCGUGUGGCGCGUGGCCAAGCUCUUUGGCCUGGCGCGCCUGGAGGACCAGUGCACGAAGUACAUGGCCAAGGUCAUCGAGAAGCUGGUGGAGCGGGAAGACUUCGUGGAGGCGGUGAGGGAGGAGGCCGCGGCCGUGACAGCCCGGCAGGAGACGGACUCCAUCCCGCUGGUGGACGACAUCCGCUUCCACGUGGGCAGCACAGUGCAGACGUGCAGCGCCAUGCAGCAGGCGCAGCAGCAGCUGCGGGUGCUGGAGGACCUGCUGGUGUCCAUCGGCCUGGACUGCUGAUGGCUGCACGCGUGGUGGCUUGUGAGCUUGCGGCAUCACCGGGCCGGCAGGUGCUUGGGGGGCUCCCCUCC